GCAAAGCAACAAGAACAAGGGCAGGAGUAAAAUGCUAUAAAUAAAAGAAGGGUUCUCCAGAAAAUAUAGUUCACAUAGGAGUGUAAUUACUAAAUACGAGCAUAUUCACAAUGUUGUCCAGAGCCCAAGUCUUACUGAUUUUUACCCUUUGCAUAUCCACGGGUAUUGCAAAGGACUAUCGCCUGAGGGGGCUGAAUCACGAGGAGGAGGAGGCCGUGAACAGAGCUUAUCAACGAACUCGCGCUCUCCUUGGUCCUGAUGAGGUCAACUUUCUCGAACAAAUCCUUGCAGCCGACGAACUCAUCAUGGAGAGACAACAGAGAGGGAUUGUCGACCAGAUUCUCUCGGCCAUAUCCGGCGUCUCCUCAGGGUUGGUGGGAACUGGAAACGUCGUCGGGGGAAAUGUUGCCCCCACGACGAAUUUGCAAGCCCAGCCCGUGGCUGCUCCCCCUCUUCCCAUCGUCACUGCAGCAGCUCAAACCCCCACAAACGUAGAACAACAGCGGCUGCAGCAGCAACAACAAACAAUGAUGAACGGGGUCACCAACAACGAUAACCAUUUGUUCAACCAAGUCUCCAAAGUGGUGACUAACUCGCUGACGAGGAAUGUGACUGGGAUUGUUGACGAAGCAUUAAAGAUUGGAACUCCGGCUCCUGUUCGAGAUCUCGUCAACGGAAUUCUUGGGGUGGCAUAUUGCAACGGAAUCCGACGUCUUUUAGGGCGAUGCUAGUUAAAUAGUUGAUAAUAAUUUGAAAUAUGUAUUGCUUAAUAAAACUGACGCGACACUUACUAUCUCUAUGAAAAA